UCAGAGAGAUUCUCAUCCAAAUAUUGGAUAUUUCUACUUCAAGAUAAAUAUCAAGGACGGACACAAUUACCUACAGUUGCUUCUUCUUCUUUCACUUCAAGGAAAUUUAGAGAUGGGAAUCCGUUUGCCUUCAAUUCUUCUCAACGCCAAGCAAAUUCUCAAAAUGCAGGCUGCUUCCUCCAAAAAUAAGUUUGAUAUUCCCAAAGGUCAUAUUGCAGUCUAUGUGGGGGAAAUCCAAACAAAGAGAUUUGUGGUUCCAAUUUCUUAUUUGAACCAUCCUUCAUUUUUAAACCUGCUAAAAAGAGCUGAGGAGGAGUUUGGAUUCAACCAUCCAAUGGGUGGUCUGACAAUUCCCUGCAGAGAAGAAGCUUUCAUUGAUCUCACUUCAAGGUUGCAUACAUCAUGAGAGAUGGGGAAAAAAGAGCAGCCAUCCACUCAGUUUUGCCAACUUCGUUUUUGUUUUGCAGUAUCUCUUAGUCAUAGUAUAAUAUUAAUGUAUAGGAAUGAUGCAAGAAUGACUGUAAAGAAAGGGUGGAAAACUGAUCUUCCCACUUGAAAUAGCAACACGACAUACAAACUUUAAUUGCACAGAGCAGUAAAGUGACAUUUUUUCUAAGAGAAAACUCUGCCCCCUCAACUCAUGAAUUUCGCUAAAUAUAUGUCACUUUUCUCUCUGAAUUUUAUCAAAGUUUUCAUAUUCUUUCUUGGAUGCAAUAUUUACAUGGAUGAAUCUUGGGUAGGAAUCCCAGGUUGAAUUACUGAAA